GGCACUACAAGUUCUACAUUUUCGGCGGAAGUUUGAAGGAUUACGUGAACAACUCUAUUAUCCAUUUUCCGCUUACCAAUCAAUCUAUUUGAACUUCAUUAAUCUGGACAUUUCGCUAACUGCCGGUUACCAGAGAAAAAUAUACUACCCCAUCGUGGUAUAUGACCAAGAAUUCCACAUUUCAGUCGGCUUCCCUAUGUACGAAAUUCUUAAUUGUAUAUUUUAUUCCUUCUUGUUCAUAUCCGGUCUAUAUUUCGCCGGUGGAAAGUUUCCAAGAGACCAUCCGGAAACAAUUAAGAGAAGAGUUGUCUCCGUGUUUGUGACAGGAACUAUUUCCAUCACUCAUGUACUGACGUACAUACGUUCUUAUGAUCGUCCUCCGUUUCAGUUAUCCUCAUAUGAAUUUGGGAAACUGUUUAUUAGGCUGGAUGGCUUAUUAGAAGCAGUUAUUAUAUCUGUCAUACUCACUUUGGUCAUGUACUUUGGCGUUGUAUUGGAUGAUAUAUGUAGUGGAGAUAUGUUAGUCAUAUUUGACGUUCAAUACUGGAAAGAUCGUAUAUUUAACUGGAUAAGUUUAAGAAAUUUUGUAAUAGCUCCUUUGGCUGAAGAACUUAUCUUCCGUGCAUGUGUUACAUUUCAUCUACUCCCUUUGUUCUCAUCAUGUGUUAUGCUUUGUUUCGUUAGUUCAUUAUUUUUCUCUUUAGCCCAUUUUCAUCAUGUUUUUGAAUCAGUGAAAAGUGGUCAAGAUCUGCAAUCUGCAUUUAAAACUUCACGUGAGUCCAUUUAUAUCUCACUAACUUUUUUCAUGAACUUAUGUAUUGCAUAAAAUAGCUAUAUUAAAUCAACAAAUCUAAUAGUUAUACACGUCGUUUAUGCUGUAUCUAACUACUCAUGUUAAACAAUAACUCAAGACAUUUUCCUACAUAAGAAAGAAUUUGUUAAAGACAGUGAAAAGAUUAUCAUCUCACGAAUAAAAGUGCCUAAAUCAAGAAAUAUCGUUUUUUUUCGUUUUGCUCGCAUAUAGGUGACCUAACGUGUGAGUAAUGCUAACGUCAAGGAUGAAUAAAAGUCAUUUCAUAUGAUCAGUCUGUGAACCAUUAUCGACUGAGAUAGCCGAAACAUGUGGUACACAUGUCUCGUAGAUGAAAUGCUUGUUAUCGCAAGUUGAAGGAGAGAGUCGACCAAAGUAAUUCACAACAUCAUUUCAUUACAGUCUUCGGCUGUUUUUCUAAGCCAUAUAAGAAAACACAUACCCCAUAAGUGUGUUUAAACUCGUUCAUUUAAAUGCUUGUUUGUUGAAAAUGAUGACUAUAUGUAUUCUUUUAAUCGUCUUAAACAAUAAUGCAAAUGUGUUUGGGCUGCAUUCCUCUCCCUACUUCCGGACUCACUGGUCUACGUUCCUGACAAGAUUUUUUACGUUUGUUCAUUCAUUUCUUUAAACACAUAAACAUUGGUACAAGGAGACAAAAAAUAUAUGUGUGUCACACUUCAUUAUUCGAUUUGUGUGAUGGCUGCGAGGCCGCUCGGACGCCCAAACCGAGGAAGGGUCAGAGAACAAAACCCCACCGAAAAAUGAACUUAGUCAGUUUUCAUUCUAUUUCAUGCAUACUAGACCACUUGACUUCACAUGUCAUUCAAUUUUUAUUGAUAUUGUUAACACACUUCUGAACGCUUGAAUAGUUUGCUUUUUGUAUUCAUUUUAAAACUUUACAAUCUAUAUAUAACACUCAAUAAUCUUUUAGUUACUGUUUUGCAAGUUUGGUUAUCUUUAAAAUUUAACAUCCUUUAUUAAUUUCCGAAUAUAUACACGAUCAGACAGGAGAGUUUCUUCUAAGUUAUUCGCCCUGAUAUUCCCAUUCCUAGUAGAUGAUUUUAAAGUAUACUGAGAAUUCCUCCGUAAAUAAACGUCGUUUCACACUAUUAUUACCAGUUGGAGCUGCAAUAAUCAUUUCAGAUUUUUUUCUGGAUCCUUGCGAUGUGGGGAAGAGUUUCCAGGAUCAUCUAGUGUAUUGUAAAAUUGCGUUAUUGGUUUUUUAGUUCUUUUCACAGACUGUUCGAAUAACCCAACAAUACAAACAUGCUUAAUAAUCUUAUUUCUUUCAAUCACAAAUGUAUUUUCAUACACAAGAAAAUUAUCUUACCAUGAAACUCAUUUGAUAACUCGAUGUUUUAAUCGAAACAAAUGACAACUAUUUCAAGUCUUAUUUCAUAAAUAAUAGUCUCAUGUAAUAAGUGUGGUUGACAAAUCAAAUUUAUCUGUGUAUGGUCACAGACCCUCGUCUCUUUAUAUGUGUGUCAGAAACAAGAUGGAUAAUUGUCAUAAUCACCAAACCAUUUCUUUUACUAUGUUCUUAUAGUGAUAUGCAUUUUAUUACAAAUAAAUUGUAAAGCCUUAUUUUUUUUACCUAGAUUAUCCAGAUUGAUAAAUAGUAUAGUAAAUCAGAAUCUACAUCUAGUCCACAUUUCAUCAACAUUCAGAUUAUUAAUCUGCAAACACUCCCAUUGUAAAUUAUAGCUUAUUCACAAAUACAAAACUUGAAUCCUUGUUUAUAAUAGUUAGAAGGUUAUAAGACUGACAUUCCUUCAAGGUCCAAUUAUCAAAGUAUUAACAUAAAAAUUGUCAUAAAUCUAUAUAUGUAUGUUAAUUUUGUUCAGUGUAUCAAAGUCACUAUUCUAUAUGAGUUCUUUUAUUUUUCGUGCUUAUUAUGCAUAAUUUAUUUAGUCGUAUGUUUUCUACUAUAAGGUCACUAUUAAAUAAAGUAAAUACACAGUAAAUUAUAUUAAAUUAUCACACUACUUUUUAUGUAUAUAUUAUUUAUCAACUUAGUAUACACAACUUUGUUUACAUAUUUUAUUGUCUCGUAAUUUGAAUAUUCUUCAUAAAUUCGUUUAAAUGUUUAAACCUUCUUUCGAAGAAAAUUCAUUUGCAUACAUUUAUUAUUAGCCCCCAAAUGCCCUGGUAUGGCCGAGAGUGAGGAGAGUCAGCUCUCUCCCUCGAAGUGCUCUCACAUGGCCAAGCGUAUAGCCAGGGAAUUCCUACUCACUGCCUUCUCGUGGCGGAGGUGUUGUCUACGAAAUUGGGAGGACGAGAAGCAAAUGUCCGGAGCUUUAACCGGGUUCGUGAACACGGAGAGUCCACCUAGGGGAGUUGGAAAACACUGAUUCCGAACUAAUGGUGCACAUGGGCUCCAGUAUCCUGAAAGAACAAAUGGCGUGUGAACCAAUCGUUGGUCACCGACUACCAUGGGACUGCAUCUCCUUACGUUGCUGCACUUCCUUGUGGAUCAGAUCUUCAGGUCAAAGGCUCCGGGUGAGGCCUUUUAAGAAAACCACCUGCUUCGGUUUGGGCACUCGGGCAAUAUCCCAGCCCUCACACAUAUCAAAUGAUAUUUGUGUGGCGGAUUUGCAUCUGGUGCCUUCUUGUACCAAUAUCUAUGUGUUUAAAUAAAUAAUUAACUUUAAAAUAUAAAAAUACAUUCUACGAAUUUAUGUGGCAAACUUAUUCAAUAAUCCAAUCGCUUGAAAAUUAUAUGUUAGAUCACUUUAGAAAUAUUAAGACAAUUCGACUAAUAAAUUGUCUUUUAAUAUAACUAAGAAAGGAUGAUUAUAUUCGUAAUUAACUAUAAAUGGGAUUAUCAAAUCGAAGUAGACUAAUUUAAGCAAAUUAAAAUAUUAAAAGUAAGGACGCCAAUAUGAGUACAAUACUGAAUAAAGAACCAACUACAACGCCUACCUCUCCAAAGUGACUCAAAUCGACAGUUUUUAAAUUGAUAGACUAAUAACACAAAUAGAUUUACUGUUGUCUUCUAACCUACUUCUGCUACUGGUCAGCAAAAGAUUUCACUGUAGUUUCGAUUAGACAUUCUGACACAUGUGCUAAGUAGUGAGUGUUCAUUAUUUCGUUAACCGGUUUUCCAAUCUCCCUAUACUUUAGGUACGAUAACAUUUGUCACUUCGUAACUCACACUCGACUUGUGCUUAAAAAAACUUUUGUAGUUAAACACUUCUGAAAAAUGUUUGUUUUUUAUAGAGUACGUCUGAUACUCAUCUAUGAAUAUUAAGCGGAUAUCUCGGUUAAUUUAGUGUUUAGAUAAGUUGGCAAUACAUAAUGAAGCUUCUUAAAAUUAUUUACGUAAACUAGUAAAACUAUUAUGAUAAACAAGAUGAUCACUGUGACCAUAUUUUCCUCAUACUGAGCUGCAAAGAUUUAGGUAAAGAUACCAAACAUCUUAAUACUCGGUUGCUGUUCUUAGUCUACACUUUACUUACCUUAUCUUUGUCAGUUUCAUAGUAUUAGUAGACCUCAUAUCAAAUGUGUUUCAAGUCUAUUGCGUGACAUUAGCACAGUAGGUCAUGUUUAAUACUGUUUAUUUUUGUUCACUAAUAAACCAUAAACAGCACUGUGAUGAUAUUUGUCAUCUUGUUAUUUAUGACUUUAUUUUAAGUUAGCUGGUGGCUUUUAGUUAAUUGGAAUUUACUUCUCACAAGUAAUUUGUAAUUUUGGUUAUUAGAAUUAUAACCAUGGAAUCUAAACAUAUUAUAAUUAUUAUAUUUAUCUUCUGAAUUUCCAUAAAGUUCCUAUCGUUUCUUAUUAUUUACUGACUUCAUUGUGAUCAUUUGAAACGUUAUUUAUUUCUAAAGUUUUCCAAGUGUUUUACACAACUCUAUUUGGAACGUAUUCUGGAUUUCUGAUGCUAAGAACUGGUAAUAUUGCUUCAAGUAUUGUUACACACUCCUUGUGCAACUUCUUCGGGUUACCAGAUUUAAUAGGUGCCGUCGAAAGAGCUAAGUAUCGUUGGGGUUUCUCUGGUCAAAUUUUCGCUAUUGGAUCUCAUCUUUUGGGGUUACUUUUAUGGGCAUAUUUGUUAUAUCAAAUGACUGAAACAAAAUGGUCCUCAUCAAACAACUGUCAUUGUGAUUGGUAUUGAGAGUAUUCAUGCCCAUAUGAAUUAUUAUUUUUGGUGUUCAUAGGACUGAUAAAGUUUUUAAAUUUUCGUUUCAAUUAGACUGAAUAUUCCUAUCUGAUUUACAAAUAUUAAACAUUUCUACAAUCCCGGUAAACAGCAAAUUUCUGUUCAUCGAAGGUACAAAAGUAGUAGGAAUUAAAACAGAUUUUCGGAACUGUAUUUAAAUUUUGUGCUGUUAAGUAUUUACUCGUACGCCAUUAUUUUAUUUGUUGUUUUACAUUGUAAAUGUGUACCCUUCCUAAAUCUGUCAUAAUUAUCAAGGUUUUCCUGUUUUUCGGUAGACGAUCUAUUACGUAUAUUUUAACAAUAUGUAGGUUAAUUACUCGUAUAUUAAUUACUGUUGGUGUCUUAUAGACCACUUAGCUGGAUUCUUCAGGUGCUACAUAGACAUAUGCUCAGCUGAGUGAAUUCCGGUAAUUUCAUGCUGUCUUUGAGAUACCACCUUACUAAUUAAGUCCUCCGUUGUUCGACUGCAUGCAGUGGAGAGCUGGGAAGUCAGGUUGGGAGGCUUUUGUAUCAUAGGACUUCCACGUAUGCGUAAAAUGAGUAUUUAGAAAUAUUUGUAAACACAUUCAGUCCAAUUCAUUUUUCAUAGACAUC